AUGAGCAAUUUUGAUUACUCUAAGGAAGCUCAUAAGCUAAUUGAGUUUGCUCAAAGAUGCAUUGAAACUGUUCCCAAGGACAAUGACUCUUUCAAGAGGAUGGAAAUUGAACUCAAAAACAGAAAGGAAUUCCGGAAAACGCUACGAUCCCUCAAUAUGUUAGAGGAAGGUCGAUAUGAUCUAGUAGAUGACUGCACAUUUAAAGAGCACAUUGCAGAUUACCCUGGGGUAACUAGAACAUUUGCCAAGGUGGAUCCAAAUAGUUGCAAAAUAGAGUACGAACCUCCAAAACUGGGGUUACAGGAAAGAAAAAAUUCCAAGGAUCGUAGAUCUGACGCCAAGAGAGAUCAUUUUGUAGAAAAGAAAAGGCAAAAAUUAAUGGAAGGUGCUGAACAGAAUACCAGUUUGGUGAAAACACUUCUUGGCAGUCCAUAUUACGUCGAUUUAACGCAUUCACCCCCACCACCACCUCCUCCUCCACCAUUACCAGCUGUAGCCCCACCGCCAAAUCUCUAUGAACCUCAACCUCAGAUAAAUUUGGGAGGUGGUCCUUCAUUACCUUACCACAAUUAUCCUGUUGCAAACCCAGGUAUAGCUCCUGCUCACACGUACUUAGUACCAACAUACCAACAACAGCCGUUUUUGACACCUCAAUAUUCGAUUCCACCUCCUGGUCCUCAUUUGACCUCUACAUUACCGCCCCCUAGCGGAGUACGACAUGAAAAGACGCCGAGUCAAGUAUCAAAGCCAAUGAAAUCAUCAAGAAAGUCAUCUAAGCAGAAACUGCCAAAAUCAUUAAGAAAAAUGGGGAAAGUUGCGAAAAGAUACGAUUUGGAUACAUGA